AUGAGCCUUCCUCCCUGCAAGGUGGCGCCAGGGGCCUGGCCGGAGGCAGAAGUGCCGGCAGAGUGGGAGCCCCCAGCGGAGGAGCCAGAGCCCAGGUCGGAGGCGAGGUGGGAACCCGAGGCAGGGCUGGCCUCAGAGCCGCUCCCAGCCUCUAAGCACGAGUCAGAGCAGUUCUUCGGUGGAAGACAGGAACCCGAGAUGACCUGGGCUUCCGGGCAGUUGCCAGAGCCCGCUGGGGCACCCCAUUCACAUCCGGUGUCAGUGAGGGGAGAUUCCUCGAUGCCAGCAUCACCAUCAGAAAACCAGGUGUCGGAGAGACCCUGUUGCCACACCGACUGCCUGGAGGCGCCCCUCUCCUGCCUCUUCCGAAGGCUGGGAUGCGAAGUGGGCGCGCACCCCUGGAUCUUCCUGCUGGUGCCCAUGGUGCUGACGGCCGCUCUGGGCACCGGUUUGAUUUACCUGCCCAAGGAUGUAGAAGAAAACCUCGAGGAGCAGUACACCCCAAUAGGGAGCCCAGCCAAGGCCGAGCGGCACUUUGUGCGGGAAUGCUUCACCGCCAACGACUCCCGCUUCUCCAUCUCCAGGAAGAGCACCAAGGUCAAUUUCGCUUGUAUUCUAGCAGUCUCCAACACCACUUCCCUGCUAGAACCAGCAAUCUUAUCAGAAGUUAGUAAAGUGGAUGACGUGAUCCAGGAUCUGUAUGCGAUGGGGGAAAACGGAACCCAGAUCCACUACAACCAGGUGUGUGCCAAGCACCAGGGUCUCUGCGUGCCUUCCAACCCACUCCUGUAUGCCUGGCAGAUGAACAGGGACCUCGACCUGAGAAAUGUCACUUUCCCAAUCUACAACCACACCGGUCAGCCCACCUACCUGGCUGGCACCAUUGGAGGAACCUUCUUAGGCGAGAGGAUGGGAAUGAACCAGUUACUCCUGGAAGCCAAAGCCGUGAGGCUGCUCUACUACCUGAAAACUGAGGAUGGAGAGGACAACGAGCGUAGUAAGAAAUGGUUGACCCAUUUUCUGAACCAAUCUAGCAACAUUGAAAAGAGUCUGGCCUCGAAGAGGAUCCAGGUAUCUGGUGGCUGAGUUUUAUAGGGAGACCAGGAGAAGGUGGGAGGGGUAAGAACACAUUUUCCAAGUAGUAGCACUCCUGGAUUAUUUGUUGGAGUCCUUGACUUGCAGCUGGGAGUGCUCUACUCUGUUUGGCACUUAAUCCAAUUUCCUUAAUCUCACACACCAAAGGAUGCCACACAGCAUAAAAUCCUUAAUAAUAUUCUGGUGGAAAACACAAAUCCUACAUCCCUAAGGUAGGUCUGCUCAGUGCAGACAUUGAUCAUCAGGUUUUCCAGUCAAAUUACUUUAAAAUCCUUACUCUUAAAGUCUUUGCUAUUUAGGGGAACCCUCUGAAAUGUGUUUGGGGUUCAUUGGAAUAAAAGCAACAAACUUUUAACAAGUUCCAUGGUAUUAUUGAAAAGAGAAUUAACUCACCAUUUACCAAGUAAGUUAUAUAGCCUAGUGCCAGGCACAUGCUAGCUAUUCUGUAACUAAUAGUUGUGAAUAAGCCUGGUCAAAGUGAGACAACUAUUGGAAAAAUACCAGAUCCUUCUGAAAUAUCGAUGAAAUUAAAAUAGUAAAAGACAACGACCUACUAAAAUUCUAGAAAAAGCCACAAUUUCUGUAAUUAUGAAUGGUUUCACAAUCUUAGGUAGAUCUCAGAUUUUGUGUAUUCAGGUUUAAACCUUGGGUUUCUGAAAGAAACUUUGGAAAGCGUGCCACAGAUUUGUGGGAAGAAGCACACCUAUGUCAAUCUUCUUUAUUCUAAAAUCACGAUUCACAUAUUUUGAUCUUUUACUAAAUCUUAACAUGUUUCAAUCACUAAGCUAAAGUGUUUCAAUAGGGUUUGUAACUCGCACAAAUAUUGGAAUGAAAAGUUAUUUACUUGACUAAAUUUUUGUGGCAGGUGGUCUACUUUACAUCAACUUCUACACAACGGAACUUGAAGCAACCUUGAUGACAGUGAUCCCUUUGGUUCACUUGGCAUAACUUCUAAUCAUAUUAUUUGCAAUCCUAUCAUGCUACAGGCAAAAUGGUUUCAUUGUUUCUUAACUCUUUUUAACAGAUAUUUUUGGGUGGAAAAAUACAUAUAAUUGAUAUAAAAUAUGCCAAUCUAAUCAUUUUUAAGUGUAUAUUUCAGUGGCAUUAAUUACAUUCACAC